AUGUUCCCCUGCUUGGUGUCACUCCCAGAGUGCCUCUCUCUUCCAGCCAGACAAGAUCCAUCCCCCUUCCACAGAGCUGCUCCAGGAGCACRGCAGCAAGUGAUGGCCAUCAUGAGACCGGGCCCUGAAGAUGCCUCUCCAGAGCCCCAGCUGGACCUGGGCAAGAAGAUGAGCACGACACAGGACAUCAUGAUCGAGGAGCUCUCUCUGCGGAACAACCGCGGCUCGCGGCUCUUCCAGCAGCGCCAGAAGCGGAUGCAGCGCUUUGUCUUUGAGCACCCCAGUGGCUCCAGGCAGCUCCCAGGGCAAGGGGCAGGUGGCUCACACCACACCGGGAAAGGUGAUUCAGAAGGAACGGCAAAUGAACAGAUGGCAGGGGAGAAUGCUGGGGGCCAGGAGAAUUAUCACUCGGAGCUCCACGUGGCAGCAUCGCCYCAGGGUGGUCCCCCAGAAGUGCCCAAGAAGUCACAGAAGGUCUUGCACAUGAGCAAAGUCCUGAACCCCAGUGCCCUGGCCCCAGGCUACUCGAGCCCCCUCAAAGAAAUCCCUCAUGAGAAGUUCAAUGCCACCGCCAUCCCCAAGGGMUACCGGUCCCCAUGGCAGGAGCUCUUUGGGGACAUGGAGGAUGCCAUCUAUGGCAAGAACCAGCCGCCCAUGAGACCCCCUGCGUGGGACUUCAGGAGCUUCAACAGGACUCCGGCCCCGUUUGACAGGGCCAUGGUUGGGGAGCUGUUCUCUUUGCCCACUGUGGAGCUGGAUAACCUGAGUGUGCUGGAGGUGAUUGCCCACAGGCCCAACUUCAACAGGGUGGCCCAAGGCUGGGUGCGGAUCCUGCCGGAGAGCGAAGAGCUGUAGCA